AUGACGCCAGCGAAACGGCCCCAUGACACUGGAAGGAUUAGUUUCGAUGAUAGUGAUUUAAUUAGAGUAACUCUUCUCCAUACUAAUCCCCUCAUCAUCGAGCUAAGCAUAAACAGAUUCACGAUUGAGCGUGUUCUCAUUGGCCAGGGCAGCACUUCAGAAAUAAUGUAUUACAAAACAUUUGUCAAACUUGGCUUUACUAACUCAGACCUGUCUCCGGCUGAUUACCCGUUAUUCGGCUUCAAUGCUAACCCGGAGUAUCCUCUGGGCAAAAUCACACUACCUGUACGGGCUGGCACCAUAUCAGUAGAUGUAGAAUUUCAGGUUGUCAAGCUUCCUUCACCAGAUAAUCUCAUCAUGGGUAGAACUUGGUUACAUACGAUGCAAGCUGUGUCGAGCACAUUCCACCAACUACUUCGUUUUCUGACUGAAUACGGUAUCGAACAAACUCGCGGCUCUUAG